UUCCUGGUAACGACGCAGUGUGUGCGAGGCUGCCAACGCUUGUGUUCUAGAUAUUUUAUGAAAAUCCUGAAGCCAUCGUUUGGUUUGAGGGAUCACACAGGACGGAAGUAUUAUUUUAGAGGAAGAAUUAGGAACAAAUGCUUACGGUAACUGUGUAAAGAAUUUCAUCUUUUGUUUCUGUCACAUUUUCUGUGGCUUAAACUCAUCGGCAGUAGAUACAGAGCUGUGUGUGUGUGUAUUCACAGAAGAUUGAGAACACGGCAUUCAUUAUGACAAAAGCCAUCUUGAUCGCUCUCUUGGGUCUGCUGGCUGCCUGCACGGCUGUACCCGCCUACUUCCCUCAGAUCGACGACCUCGAUCGGAACGACAGGAGAGACUACCUCCAAUAUCUUCAGGCUUUGCAGACACCACAAGAGGUACCCGCUACAGUAUUCAGUACAGAUGGCCAAGGGCUGGGACAAGUCUCUAGCGUUGGUGUGGACUCAAACGGAGAUCUCUUCGUGUUUCACAGAGCAGACAGACCUUGGACAGCUGAGACCUUUGAGGACUUUAAAGACACCCUUUCUGAGAACUUCAAAUCGCCUAUCCAAAAGGAGACUAUCUACAAGCUAAAUCCCGUCACCGGAAAGGUCAUCACCAAGCUUGGGGCCAACUUGUACUGCAACUCUCGAGUGCUCAAAUUUGACGAGAACGGAAAAUUCUUAGCCCAGUGGGGUACACAAACAGGAGACUCUGAACUGACUCCGUACACUCUGGAUAUACCACACAGCGCAGCGUUGGUGGAAGAACUGGACCUUGUUUGUGUCGCAGAUCGGGAGAACAGCAGUCUAUUGCCCAGGACGGACCCUCUCUCAUCCACGACCUGUGCACGUCUAAAGAUGGUCAAGAAUUCUUCCUCGGUGACGUCAUGCAACAGAAAAUAUUCAAGUACACCAAAGUAACUGCACCUGUGAUUGGCUAAGAGAUCUGCUGGGCAUGGGGCUGUGCCGAAGUCAUAUUGCGACAUUGCGGGUUUUUGUCAGAACUGUCAAUGUCUUCGUUGUCGUUGCAAGCUAAUAAAGAGUACUGAGCAGUGGAAUGUUAACUGGUCAAAAAGGAUUUUGACUUUAAAUAUGCAUGGUUUAAGUUUGGUAAUGGAAUAAUAUGAUAGUGCUGGUCAAGAAAAGUUUUGAAUGUCAUUUGCCAUUUAAUCGUACCACAUUCCUUUCCUGCCGUUUAAUUUGAUUUAACUGAAAGCGAAAAAGAAUUACAAUUAUUUCACUGGAAGGCUUCCAAUGCUAAAAUAUGAACUACGCAUCUUGGAGAAGGAACAUGGAAGGAAUAUUGCUCUUUGCCAGAGAGUAAGAUCUCUCCCCUAUCCACAAAGCUAUUUCGAAAUUAAUGUUCUGCUGUGUUCAGUUUCGGAAGACAGUGCUCUAAGUCACUGACAAGAGCACUGAUUGUCGACAUUAGCGAAGGCAUAGCCCUACCUCACUGUUCACAGUCUGCUCCAUGGAAUAUCAGAAUGUGGAUGAACUGAAAACCCAGAACUACAGAAAAGAUGCUAAGAUUUUUGAAAUUGCAACUGGGUUAUCGUUCCGUUUUCCCGGGCUCUUCAAUCAAGCAUUCUUGAAGAAUGUAUUAAAAGCGUACUACAAUUUUUAUGUGGAUGUCGGUGAAGAGAAGAAGAAGAAGAAGAAGAAGAAGAAGAAGAAGAAGAAGAAGAAGAAGAA